CACCCACCACUAAAAUUCCACGCUGCAGGGAAGCUGCCCUUUUCUUUUCUUUGAGAACACAAGAGCAGCUUCUCGUGCUCGUCUCUGACCUCUUGCCGGUCGGCGCCCAAUUGAAAAUUUCUUUUCUUUUUGCUCUCCUCGAUCGAUUGACUGCCUCACGGACGGUGCCCAUGGCCAUGGCAUCGCCGUCGUGGUCAUCUUGCUGCGCCUCCACCUCCACCCGUCCUCUGCCUAGCCCCCCCGCGAGCAGCAAGAGCAGGAACCCAUGGCGGGCAAGCAGCGGCAGGAGGAGCGCCAGCGGAGGGAAGAGACGGCAGCAGCUGUCCAUCCGCGCGGUGGCCGCACCGUCGUCGGCGGUGGACUACUCGGACACCGCCGCCGGCGCCGGCGACGUCCCCUCGCUGAAAAUCAAGCUGCUGAGCGCGGUCGCCGGGCUGAACCGGGGCCUCGCGGCGAGCCAGGAGGACCUGGACCGGGCGGACGCGGCGGCGAGGCAGCUCGAGGCGGCGGCACCGGCCCCCGUGGACCUCGCCAAGGACCUCGACAAGCUGCAGGGGCGGUGGAGGCUGGUCUACAGCAGCGCCUUCUCGUCGCGGACGCUCGGCGGCAGCCGCCCCGGCCCGCCCACCGGCCGCCUCCUCCCCAUCACCCUCGGCCAGGUGUUCCAGAGGAUCGACGUGGUCAGCCAGGACUUCGACAACAUCGUGGAGCUCGAGCUCGGCGCGCCGUGGCCGCUGCCGCCGGUCGAGGCCACGGCCACGCUGGCGCACAAGUUUGAGAUCACCGGAAUCGCGAGUAUCAAGAUCAAUUUCGACAAGACGACGGUGAAGACCAAAGGGAACCUGUCCCAGCUGCCUCUGCUGGAGGUGCCCCGCAUCCCGGAUAGCCUCCGGCCUUCGACGUCCAACACCGGGAGCGGCGAGUUCGACGUGACCUACCUCGACGACGACACCCGCAUCACCCGAGGGGACAGGGGGGAGCUCAGGGUGUUCGUCGUCUCAUGAGCUGAUAUUUUUUUUGUUGAUGUUGCUGCUGCUUUCUCUCUCUGUGUACUGCUUCAACCUUUUUGCCCCUAAACAGAAGUCUUGUACUAGUUCUAUGUCUAUUUUUGCCGGAGUAGUAUCGUGAUAGAGGCUAAUGUGCGUUCUUCACUUAUGGGAUUAACUUUUUCUCUCUAGCAGAUUAUUACGUUCGGUUAUUUCGUUUUGAUUUUA